UACCAUCACGCAUACAACAUUGCUAUCGAUAUCAUCGGGUAUUGUGCAAGGGUGUUGACGAGAAGACGACGAUGUACAGUACCAAUCAAGAUUCUUUUUGGCAGUUGUUCUGUUGGGCAAUACUCCUCCAAGCCGCCGGAGGAGCAAAGCCAAGACAUUCCGUCCAUUUAGACCCUCACUGGAACAAUUUUAAGGCAGAACAUAAUAAAACUUACAUAAGAACUAAUGAACAUCACCAUCGCUCAGCGUGGGAGGAGAACUUCCACCAUAUUAAUAGACACAACGAAGAGGCCAAAGACGGAAAACAUAAUUACACACUAGAUUUGAAUCAUUUAGCUGACAUGCCUAUACAUCUGUACAAUAGACACUUUACAAGUCUUUCGUCCAGCAAAUUAACAAAAGGUGUUGAUACCCAUACCCAUCCGCCACAACAUCAUACGAGAUCAAUUCCCGAAGAGGUUGACUGGCGGGAAAGGGGGUUUAACACGCCCGGAUGGAAUCAGCUGGACUGCGGUGCGUGUUACGCUUUCAGUAUAGCUUCUAUGCUCGAAGGACAGCUAUUUAAAGCCACGGGAAAGUUGCACACGUUGAGUUCGCAACAAAUCAUCGACUGUUCAAUCGCCUACGGAAAUCUCGGUUGCUCUGGCGGUUCAUUAAAAAACACAUUGCAGUAUCUCCAGAGAGUUGGAGGAAUUAUGCAAGGAAUCGAGUAUUCGUACAAAGCAAAGAAAACAUUAUGCCAUUUUAAAAAGUUUAGAGCGGUAAUUCAAAUUUCAAACAUUUCAAUACUGCCACAGUCCGAUGAAUACGCGCUAAAAGUAGCUGUGGCGCUUAUAGGACCAAUCAGCGUAUCAGUGAAUGCAAGUCCAAAAACAUUUCAACUGUAUUCGUCUGGAGUAUACGAUGAUCCAGCUUGUUCGUCUAACACUGUUAACCACGCAAUGUUGCUGGUCGGAUACACUAAGAACGCUUGGAUUUUGAAAAACUGGUGGAGCUCGAAAUGGGGUGACAACGGUUACAUGUACUUAGCCCGUGGUAAGAACCAGUGUGCCGUGUCCACCUACGCUGCUUAUGCUACCAUACUACUGCCGCAUCACCGAUCACUACCAUCGACCCAUCCUUAAGGUUGAUUUGAUAUCCUGAAUUUGGUAUUGUCUCAAGUCAUAACUGAAGCUAAAUUUAAGUAUAUUAACUAACAUUG